CGCGAUAUUUGGGCUUUCUCUUCUCUGCUCUUCUCCUCGUCAAGGGCAGACCCUCUCAAGAUCUGCCCCUCCCCCAUCGCUCAAAACAUUGCCCUCUGCUCUCUCUAGAGUCUCUCUUGCUCCACAUCUUUCUAUUCAAUUGUUUGAAAGAAAACAGGAUGGGUUUGUCAUUUACCAAGCUUUUCAGCCGCCUAUUUGCCAAGAAGGAGAUGCGCAUACUGAUGGUGGGUCUUGAUGCUGCUGGUAAGACUACCAUAUUGUACAAGCUCAAGCUCGGGGAAAUUGUUACGACCAUUCCCACCAUUGGAUUUAAUGUGGAAACUGUAGAGUACAAGAACAUCAGCUUUACUGUUUGGGAUGUUGGGGGUCAGGACAAGAUCCGACCAUUGUGGAGACAUUAUUUUCAAAACACCCAAGGGCUUAUAUUUGUGGUUGAUAGUAAUGACCGAGACCGUGUUGUUGAGGCUAGGGAUGAGCUGCACAGAAUGUUGAAUGAGGAUGAACUGAGGGAUGCUGUCCUCCUUGUUUUUGCAAAUAAGCAAGAUCUUCCAAACGCAAUGAAUGCUGCAGAGAUCACCGACAAGCUUGGUCUUCAUUCCCUCCGUCAACGUCACUGGUACAUCCAGAGCACAUGUGCCACCUCUGGUGAAGGGCUUUAUGAGGGGCUGGACUGGCUGUCUAACAACAUUGCUAACAAGGCAUAGACGAUGGCAGCAUACCCCAUGAUUUUGCAGAUCUUUCAUUGUCAAAAGUGGAAAAUUACAUAUUACCUUGUCAUUUUGUGUUUCAUCCAUCUUGCAUGUGCAAGAUCGAACUGCUUUUUUAUGUUUAGUUGAUUGUUAUUUAACAUACGGUUUGACAUUUUGAUCGGGUUAGAUUUGAGAAUUGCCUGUGAUAUAUAGCUAUUGCAGUCCCUAUAUUCUUGCAACAGUAUGGUGUACUACUAAAAUUCCAUUAUUAUGUUCAAUUUCUUCAAAAAGUAUGCACUUGUAAUUUUAUCAGUGCUGCUGAAAUGGUAAUUAAACCAUCC